AUGGACUGGCUAUCUCGGUCCGUCAAACGACGAAGCGGUUACGACGUAAGUGAAGUUUUCACUCAUCUGUUGGUAGCGCCAUCCGAUUGGCCUCACGUCAGGGUCGUGAACGAACUCGCCACGACUAGAAGUCAGCACAGAGAGAGCGAUGGCCCUCUGUGUCCGGUAUGUUCAGUCACACUGAUAGAACCACAACACGAGGCGGUCGAACAGAGGUUCCCGCAAACCCAGACAUCGGUCGAGCAGGGGCUCCCGAUUCACAACGAGACGGUCGAACAGAGGUUCCCGCAAACACAGACAUCGGUCGAGCAGGGGCUCCCGAUUCACAACGAGGCGGUCGAACAGGGGUUCCCGCACACACGGACAUCGGUCGAGCAGGGGCUCCCGAUUCACAACGAGGCGGUCGAACAGGGGUUCCCGCACACACGGACUUCGGUCGAGCAGGGGUUCCCGAGUUCUAGCGAGGCGGUCGAGCAGGGGCUCCCGCAUACACACACAACGGCCGAGCAGAGGCUCCCGAUUGUAACCGAGGUGGUCGAGCAGAGGCUCCCACAUACAUCUGAGGCGGUCGACGACGAGCUCCCGCCUCUUAUCGACGAGAAUGAACGGGCUGUGGACUUAAAUGUGAACGACGUGGUGGAGACAGAGCUCCCACGUCUAGCGGGGGGUACUUCAUCCUCCAGCGACAGCGACGUUCCAGCCUCGAGCAGUGGCUCAAGACGCAAGAGAAAGCAUAAACGCAAGAAAGGUGCACGCCGAUCACCAAGACGACGAAAUUCUCGCUCAAGCGCCGUUGACGAUGAUACUGUAUUGACGGAAUCCGUUUGUGCGCUUGAAUAUGUGGAAGGGUCUUCACAUCGUGGCCGCUACGUUGAGGUAGCGAGCCCUCCGUGCACUGUUGCAGAGAUCACAUCUCUAUUAACCCUACCAUGGAAAGAUUUUCUUCACGACCUCAAGGCCGGCGACAUCGAGCAAGUGUGCAUCAUAUCAGCCGCCGAAGCAGCUAGUGGAGAAGUUCUGGAGGCUCGCCCAAAGAGCGCUGAGCCCAAAUCAGCGCGCGAAGAACGUUUCGUGGCACAGUCUUGGGAAGCCCUUCGUGCUUCGGGCAACCCUGUCUAUGAUAUCGCGCGUGAGUAUGCCGACAUCUUUCCGAGAAUAUCCCCGCUGAGCUUCCAGCGGAUCGUGUGGCCGCUACCGCGUGACCAAGUCAUCGCAAUUGAUGAAUUUUUUGAGGGCCGCCGUAAGGCAGGACACGUCCGCGAAAGCAUAUCGCCACAUUCGAGUCCGACUUUCUGUGUGAAGAAAGCCACCGGCGGUUGGCGCAUCGUGCAUGCUUUUAACAAGUUGAAUGACGCCACGAUCCCGGCUCAAACACCAAUUCCUCGGAAAGACAUGGUACUGGAUACCAUGUCCGGCAGCGAGAUUUUUAGCGCCAUAGACCUGACAGACGGGUUUUACCAGAUUUUAAUGAGGGACAGUGAUAUCCCGUUCACCGCUGUCAGCACGCUGAGUGGCAUGCUUUGGGAGUGGCUAGUCAUGCCACAAGGCCUUAAGAAUGCUCCAGCAACGUUCAACCGGAUGGUGACACAAGUGCUUCGGCCACUACGUGAUUUCGCUCCAAGUUAUUUCGACGAUAUUUUUGUUCACAGCCGCGCUGAGCAACAACUCAGCGCUACGGAGGUCCACCUUCGGCAUUUGAAACAGGUGUUCCAAGUGAUGCGCGAGAACAAUCUGUACGCAAAUUUGAAGAAGUGCGUCUUCUGCGCUCCCGAGAUUCCAGUUCUUGGAUGCUAUGUUAGCAAGGAAGGUGUCCAUGCUGAACCCGAGAAAGUGUCAUCGAUAUGUUCAUGGCCUACGCCCAGGAACCAAACGGAACUACGCCAAUGGCUUGGCUUGGCCAAUUACUUGCAUAAGUAUACGAAGAACUAUGCAGAACUAAUCCAGCCACUAUCGACUCUACUGAAGAAAGACGCAGUUUGGUCAUGGAAAGCUGAACAUCACUCUGCCUUCAACUCUGUGAAAAAGAGCUUGUCUGAAGCACCAGUGCUGAUGUUGCCUGAUGAUUCCAAGCCAUUUCACGUCGUCUGUGAUGCGAGUAAUUUCGCUAUUGGAUGUGCCCUCAUGCAGUUUGACGAUGAGGGCCGAGAGCGCGUCGUGAUCUUUCAGUCACGACAGAUGAAACCCGCAGAGCGGAACUAUCCGGUACAUGACAAGGAACUUUUGGCUAUGCGUUACGCGCUGAUCAAGUUCAGAGUAUAUUUGCUCGGCAAGAAGAUGUUUUCGUUCUAUACAGAUCACGCAUCAUUGCGUACCGCCGUCAAGACUCCCCACUUGUCCCAGCGUAUGGCACGUUGGUUGUCAUACUUCUCAGAGUAUAAUUUCGUGGUCUUUUACAAACCCGGCAAGAACAACAUUCUUGCUGACGCGCUUUCUCGACGUCCCGAUUAUGAUCCUCGACGUGACAUGGGUCAUCAGCCAGGCAUUGCUGUAGACGAGGACGACGACAUUUGUUUAUGCUGUGCUGAGCAGGGGCUCAAUGCAAUGAUUUCGACACCUGAGCUGUCAAUCCGGACUCAAAUCGCUGAGUCAUAUGCGAACGAUUCAUUCUACACGGGAAUCAUCAAUUAUCUUCGACACCCUAGUGAGGGUUCACUCGCGAAGUUGACGAAACCAACGCGUGACAACAUCAAGCGGUACGCGCUUGAUGGUCCGCUGCUGACUUAUACAAUGGACGUUUUCGACCCACCGCGCGUCGUCAUCCCUGCUGAUGACGACCUCCGCGCACGAUUGGUGCAUGAAUUUCAUGACACUCCAAUUGGUGGUCAUUUGGGUCGCGAGAAGACGUUCGCGGCCAUCUCUCGUGUGUUUUUCUGGCCGCGUAUGUACAAAUACAUCCAGAAAUGGGUACGCUCUUGUGAAAUAUGCCAGCGUGUGAAGCCUGCGCCGUCUUCACAAGCUCCAUUGCGUCCGCUUCCGAUAGCCACGGAAGCCUGGCGUUCGGUCAGCAUGGAUUUCAUCUUUGGUCUCCCUCCGGACGAACAGAAACGCACGGGCGUAUUGGGUUUUGUGGAUCGAUUUAGCAAAAUGGUGCAUUUUGCUCCAGUCUCCGCGCACGUUACGGCGGAGACGACCGCGCAGAUCUUCAUCGAUCUCAUAUUUCGACAUCACGGCUUGCCUGAAUCAAUUGUUUCGGACCGCGGCCCGCGCUUUACAUCAGCUUUUUGGGCAACGUUGUUUCAACUAUUGGGCACGCGACUGCUUAUGUCUACGGCAGCCCAUCCAGAGACGGAUGGGCAAACGGAGCGCGUGAACAGAGUGCUUGAAGAUGUACUACGCAGUUAUGCAACAUCUUUCCAGUCGUGGAGUUCGUUUCUCCCUCUCGCUGAAUUUGCAAUCAACAACGCAAUUCAUGCGUCGACUGGGUUAACGCCAUUUUUCGUGAAUAACGCGAGGCACCCUCGCGUUCCAGCGCUUCUUGCUCUUUCAGCUUCAGCACACCCAGUUUCUCAGCUUGGUGGGGGAGUAUCUCCCGAUGACACUACGCGAAAAUUUUUGAUGAUUGGUAAUGUUGAAGACAAGGUUACUGCCGAUGCAACUCAUACUGUUAAUUUCGUGGCCAAUGGCAUAUCGAGUCCCGACGCGAUGCAUCCCAUCGCGUCUCCCGUCGCUAAUUUUGCUCCUAAAGAGUCCACUUCUCCUGUAAGUUCGGCUGCUGUGACCGAAUUCCUAUUACUACGGCAAAGUAUCACGCGUUUUGUACGCGAUGCACUCCAAGAAGCAGUGGAUAAACAAAAGGAGAACGCGGACAAGCGAGGUUGA